UCUUGCAGGCAGUAGGCGCAAAAAGUGACCGCAGUACCUCGCUGCUGCGCAAGCAGUUAUUAACAGGAAACAACGCAAGACGGACUGCGGGGAUCGCAGAUGCAUUAUUGCUUAAUAGAGUAUUGUAACGGAAACCGUGCGCUUUAGGUUACGCACAGCGCUCGCAACGACUUUAAUGUAUUGAAUGGCUCGGAGUGGGAUAUCUCCAAAACGCACGGACUACACGCGCUGCACUCCUGCUGGACUAUAAACGGCGGCUGUGGAUUCCAGGGCUUCCUGACCUGACUUUGUGAUUAAGGGGAUAUUAACAGAGGGCGGCUUGUCCGUGCUGUCGCGGUGACCAUGCCCGAGGUGAUGGUGUCACUCACCGGGGCAGCUUUGCUCCUGUUGACCGGACUUGUUGGUCCGCUCUGUGUGGUGCAGGCUUUCGGCGAUGAGGUGGAGGAGAUGACCUGUGACCCGAUCCGGAUCAGCAUGUGCCAGGGUCUCGGAUACAACGUCACCAAGAUGCCCAAUCUGGUCGGCAACGUGUUGCAGUCGGACGCGGAGCUGCAGCUGACUACGUUCACACCGCUCAUACAGUACGGCUGCUCCAGUCAACUCAAGUUCUUCCUGUGCUCAGUCUAUGUGCCAAUGUGCACUGACAAGGUUCCCAUCCCGAUUGGCCCAUGCGGUAGCAUGUGUCUGUCCGUCAAGAGAAAAUGCCUUCCAGUGCUCAACGAGUUUGGCUUCACGUGGCCUGACGUGCUCAACUGCAGCCUCUUCCCACCUCAAAACGACCACAACCACAUGUGUAUGGAGGGUCCGGCGGAUGAGGACCCACCCUACCAGCCCGUCCGACACCCCCCUCACCAGGAGGAGUGUCAGGCACUGGGAUCUGCACCCGACCAGUAUACCUGGCUCAAGCAAACCGAAAGCUGUACUCUCCAGUGCGGCUAUGACAGCGGGCUCUACCGACGAGGGGCCAAAGUUUUCACAGACGCGUGGAUGGCGGUGUGGGCCGUGCUGUGCUUCCUGUCGACCACUUUGACGGUCCUGACCUUUCUACUGGACUCCCAGCGUUUCUCCUACCCUGAACGACCCAUUAUCUUCCUGUCCAUGUGCUGUAAUCUGUACAGUGUUGCCUACCUGGUUCGGUUGACUCUGGGGAGGGAACGCGUUUCCUGUGACCUGGAUGCAACAGGUGUACCAAUUCUAGUACAAGAAGGGUUAAAGAGCACAGGCUGUGCCAUAGUUUUCCUCCUCCUCUAUUUCUUUGGCAUGGCCUCCUCACUCUGGUGGGUGAUCCUAACCCUCACUUGGUUCUUGGCUGCUGGACUGAAGUGGGGUCAUGAGGCUAUUGAAAUGCACAGCUCCUAUUUCCACAUAGCAGCCUGGGCCAUCCCAGCAAUUAAAACCAUUGUCAUUCUCAUAAUGAGACUGGUGGAUGCAGACGACCUGACUGGGCUCUGCUAUGUUGGCAACCAGCAGCAGGAGGCGCUCACAGGCUUUGUGGUGGCUCCACUGGCCACAUACCUUCUCAUAGGCACCCUGUUCAUCUGUGCCGGCCUUGUGGCUCUUUUCAAGAUCCGCUCCAAUCUGCAGAAAGACGGUGCCAAAACAGACAAGCUUGAACGUUUAAUGGUGAAGAUUGGAGUGUUUUCUGUUCUCUACACAGUCCCUGCAUCCACUGUCAUCGGCUGUUACCUCUACCAGCUGUCUCACUGGGGGGAGUUCAGGGCUAGCACCAGGGACUCAUACGUGUCAUCAGAGAUGCUUCGAAUCUUUAUGUCCCUGCUUGUAGGCAUCACGUCAGGCAUGUGGAUCUGGUCAGCAAAAACCCUCCACACCUGGCAGCGCUGCUCGGCCCACCUGCUAAGGGACAGCAGGGCGACCCGAGGGGGCAAGAGGGCACCCGGCGAGGGCUGGAUCAAACCGGGGAAAGGCAAUGAGACAGUUGUGUGAGGAGAAAGAGAGAACAGCCAGGAGUGGACUUCUACCUGCUACCUGCUUCUCUCUCACUUAUUCUGCCUCACUCUACCAAAUGAAGGAUUUAAGAGAUCAGAGAAUGAAGAGUUGAGCAAUGUGACAUAUGAACGUUGCAGGAGUUUCUCAAGGAAGCCAGUGGAUGUAAUGGCAUCAGAAAAGCUCAUACUGAGCAAAAGCAUAUGCAUGCUUCACCCCCCUCUGACCAACUCUGAUAAGGGUUAAGGAGAAAUGAGGAGGACCAAGUCAUACAUAAGUAGCAACAGUAGCCUGUCUACCUCUGUUAGACUUCCUUUGCCCAGAGAGACAGAGAAAGCAAAAAUGAAGGAGAAGGAGAGACAGACAAGGCAGAACAAAAGCAUCGAUAUGCAGACGGGACACACCAAUAAGCUGUGCAGCACUACAUCUACCUCUCUGUCUCUCCUUACUCCAUAGUUCCCAGCAGAAGACACUGGACUUGCUGGAAACAGUAAACGCUAAUGUCGUGUGUUUUUAGAGUCUUUUAAAGUUUGAAAUUUAACACUGGAGGAUCCUGGUGCAGAUAUUAUGCAGAUGUAGACUGAAGUUUCCCACAGACACUUUGAGAGCCUCUUCUACAUGGGAUAACACAAGCACAAUGAAAUACCAGACUCAAAGGAAUCAGAAUCUGAUAAAUGGCCUUAAAUCUGCAGUGAGUUUGCAUCUGAACAUUAUUCUACAGUUUUGUAAAUUAUACAUUUUGUACAACAUAAGAGAACGUAAUUUAAUUGCGCAGAACUUUUUGGGAAACCAGCUCUAAGCUGUAAUAAUGCACUAUAAUUAUAUACAAAUGUCUCUACUUGUGCAUUACCAGGGACAACAGGGUGGGACUAAUACCAAGUCAUUACACAGUAUAUUGAUUAUGCACAGAGCCAUUAACUGGGAGGGUCUUCACUGCAGAAAAAACAAAUGUGAUUUACGGUUCAAAUGUGUAAAAUUUGAUUCACAAUCACAAAUAUGGUGAAGCUAGGCAGAGAAAUACAAUUUUUUUUAAGUCUGUGGUAGCUAUGAAAUCAUACAGCAAUGAAUCCUGGGAGUACCCCAGCGGUGCCUUUUAUUAACCCAUAAAUUUGGAAUCUGGGAAAUGUGGACCUGUGUGUUUUACCUCUGCAGU